GAUCAUGAGAAUAAUAUAAAGAAAUCAGAUAAAGAGCAAUUGUCUUCUUUUGUGUGGAUUUGUACAAGUUCUCACUCACAGAGUAAUGCUUCUGUCAUAGAUGCCAAUCAUCCUGGUGAAGUACUGGAGACAUUUAGAGUUUCUACAACACCUAUACUAUGUAUAGCUAGUGUUCCAGGAGCUCUGGAGUCAGAUUAUUCGGUAGAUGAGGACAUAUUGAAGGCCGAGUCAUACCCUCAAUACCCAGAACCUGUACCCGAGGAUACCAGCAAGGAGAAUAAGGAAGGUGGCGAGGAUGCUGGGGUUGGUGGUAUAUCGUUUGUACAAUGUGCUACAGGAGGUGCUGGUAAAAGCAGUACUGCAUCACCUGUUGGUUCUGCACCAGGAUCUAGAGAUGCUUCACCAAGUCGUUCUAAUCUACCUGAGGCGGUCUCUGAAGUACUCUCUAAACAUGAAGGUGGUGGAAAAAGUAGGAGUUCCAGUAGCUUGAAUGACAAGAGGGCCUCUGUAGAUUCUUACAUACCCUCAAACAAGAGGGCCUCCCUCGAGUCUUUGUUUGGUAAAAGGUCAUCUAGAUGUUCCGAUGGUUCGGUAGAGAAAGAAGGCGGGUCAUUGCCGCACAGUGGUGAGGCUAGUCAUUUCCAUACUGGAACUCUUGAUAGAAUAGCCUUUGGAGAAACACUACAGCCUACAGUGUUUAAGGCCAAGGGAUCUCCGGUCUCUUCUGGUACAGCCACCCCUGACACGAGCAGUGGUAUCAUGAGCCGGCGAGUUUUGCGCGAGCCUUCAGAGAUGGUUAAGGAUGGAAUCAAUGCUCUGGCGUCUGGAAGUAACAUCCAGGCAGAGGAGGUUGAAAAGACAAGUAGUGUGUUACCAACAAUGUGGCUAGGAGCACAGAGUGGCAGUUUGUAUGUGCAUUCCUCGGUGUCCCAGUGGAGGAGAUGUUUACAUUCUGUAAAACUUAGAGAUUCUAUUCUUAAUAUUGUACAUGUGAAAGGUCGUGUUCUGGUUGCCUUGGCCGAUGGGACAGUUGCAAUAUUCCAUAGAGAUACAGAUGGACAAUGGGACCUACAGAAUUACCAUCUACUAGAUCUAGGAAAACCGCACCAUUCCAUACGCUGUAUGUCUGUGAUUGCUAACAAACAUGUCUGGUGUGGAUAUAGGAACAAAGUUCAUGUUGUUGACCCUCAGUCCAUGACAAUUACAAAAAGUUUUGAUGCACAUCCUCGUAAAGAGAGUCAAGUACGACAGCUAGCGUGGGUCGGUGAUGGUGUGUGGGUAUCAAUACGUCUUGACAGUACUUUACGUCUUUACCACGCCUACACGCACCAACAUUUACAAGAUGUUGAUAUAGAACCAUAUGUUAGUAAAAUGCUAGGAACUGGUAAAUUAGGAUUUUCAUUUGUUAGAAUCACCUCCAUGUUGAUCUCGUGUAAUAGAUUAUGGAUUGGUACAGGAAAUGGUGUCAUAAUCUCCGUACCUUUGUCAGAAAACAACAAACAGACGGUAUCUAUGGGGUCAUCAGGAGGUCGUCCUGGCGGUCUAGUGAGGGUGUAUACAGACACUAAGACAGAUGAUGUGAUGCCUGCAAGUUUUAUACCUUACUGUAAGCAAUGGCCCAGGAAGUUAUUUUAUGGUCAGAAAACAGGGAUGGCUUUGUCGAAGUUCUUUGUUGCUCGUGCACGAAAAAAGAGGAGAGGAAUGACCAAUGCUGACAACAGAUGUUUGAAAACCCGAGACAGAGGAACCAGGGGAACCAAGUGUAAACCAGGAUCUGAUGAUGGUUUUUCCCGGCUUGGUCAUUUCUGGCGGAGAGGGUUAACU